UCGGAGACGAGGGGAGGAAUUUCCACUUGACUUUUCCGCGCGGUGGGAGGGGGGUGAGGAGAUGGACGAUGUUUCUUUAAGAGCGAGGGCGAGUGAGGAGGAGAGAGAGAAAGGGAGGGACCUCUUUGCCCUCCAGAAACCAGGAAGGGAAUUGAGUUGAUCUGCUGCCGCUCGGUUAGCGCGUACGGGGGGGGGGCUUGAAGCCUGCACAACAGUGACAAGAGGCAGGGAGAGGAGAGGAAGAGCCACGCGGAGGGAAAGGAGAGAAAAGAAAGAGAGAAGAAGAAGGAGGAGAGGAGGAGAGCGGAGGGCUUGCGCUAACCCCCCCCACCGACAAGCAGCACCACGGCCAUCGCAGACAGGCAGACAGACGGACGGCAGGACGGAUACACGGGUGGGGGCUGUGCUGGGCGGCUCGGCGGCAGGCUGGUGGAAGAUGUCGUCCGGAGCCGGCGGGAGGGGAGGAAGGCGGCUCAGAGGGACGGCGGGGGGAGGGGGCGGCGGAGGCCGAGGAGGAGCGGGGGAGGCCGAAGAGGGCCCCGUGGGGAUCCCCUUCCCCGAGCACAGCGCCGACAUCCUGGGCAGCCUCAACAAGCAGCGGCUCAGCGGUAUGCUGUGCGACGUGCUGCUGGUCACGCAGGACCGCGAGUUCCCGGCCCACCGGUCCGUCCUGGCCUCCUGCAGCUCCUACUUCCACAAGCUGUUCACGUCGGGGGCGGCCGCCGAUCAGCGCAACGUGUAUAACAUCGACUUUGUGGCGGCCGAGGCCCUCGGGGCGCUGCUGGACUUCGCCUACACGGCCACGCUGACCGUCAGCCACAGCAGCGUGGCUGACAUCCUCGCGGCCGCACGCCUGCUCGAGAUCCCUCCCGUUCAGGACGUCUGUACGCACCUGCUGGACACCAAAGUGCUCUCCCCGCCGGCGGGCAGCGAGCAAAGAAACGAGGAUGAGUUGAGGGGCAGAGGAGGAAGCGAGCAGGGAAACCAGGUUCUGGCCCGGGAGUUCCUGGAGUACUUCCAGAGAGGGGCGCACUGGAGCAGCAGCUGCAGCACGCCAGAACUCGGGGACCUGCCCACGCACCUGCACUUUAACCACGGCAACAGCAGGACCCCCAGCAACGGCGCGCCCGGUGGCCCCGGUGAGUACUACUCCCCCCUUGCCCUCGCCUUGGCCCAGGCCCCCGCCCAUGAGCCAGAAGAGGAAGAAGAGGAGGAAGAGGACGACGAGGACGGCGAAGCGGUGCAGCGCAACGGUAUCGGCCUCGGGUCCUUUUACUACCCGACCUCCCAGAACGGGCACUUCUACCUCCCCCCCGAGGCUCGGCCCGGGCACGACGGGCCGGAAGCGGAAGACGCCGCCCUGCAGCUGAUGGCGAGGGAGAGGGGCUCGGCCAGCGCCCUCUUGCAGCAGAUGAUGGACUCCAUCGAGCGGCAGAAGCAGCGCGGCGCCGCCGGGGAGGAUCCGGACGACGGCGACGACCCGGAUAUGGAAUUUUAUUACAAUUACUUCAACAGCACUCAGCUGGAGGACGCGGCUUCCGCCACCGUGACGCCGGGGGUGCCGCCGCUGUGGUUGGCGCGGGGCAACGGCAGCCACGACAGAGGGGAGAGGGGCGUCGGCGAGCGGGGCGGCGGGAGCGGCGGGGGCGGCGGGGAGAGGAAGAUGCGCUCAAAGGCCUUUCAGAAGUGCCCCAUAUGCUCCAAGGUCAUUCAAGGAGCGGGCAAGCUACCCCGCCACAUCCGAACCCACACGGGGGAGAAACCCUACGAGUGCGCCAUCUGCAAAGUGCGCUUUACCAGGCAGGACAAGCUCAAGGUUCACAUGCGGAAGCACACGGGAGAGAAGCCUUACCUUUGUACGCAGUGCGGGGCCGCCUUCGCUCACAACUACGACCUGAAAAACCACAUGCGCGUCCACACCGGCCUGCGCCCCUACCAGUGCUCCAGCUGCUUUAAGACUUUCGUGCGCUCGGACCACCUGCACCGCCACCUCAAGAAGGACGGCUGCAACGGCAUCCCGUCCCGCCGGGGUCGAAAGCCCCGGGUGCGGGAGCCCGGGCUCCUGGACGCCCCGUUGGGUCUGCUCAGCCCCGGCUCGGACACCGGCCUGGAGCCCCACGUCAUCAAGGGACGCCAGCUCUCGGAAGCGCUCGAGGGUGAGGCGGAGGGGCCCCGCGGGCGCGGUGCGCAGCUGGCGAGGGGUCCGGACCCCGAGACAAACACUUGAGAAUUUGACGGACACCCUCGCGAACGUCGCUCUGCUCCGACUGUCCGCACAGAGGAGGGGGGAAAAAAAAAAAAACACUUUAAAAAAGAAUCUAUAUGUAAAAAAAAAAAAAACUAAUAUUGCUCUAUAAACCAAAUCAGGGUGUCACAAAAAAAUGUUUAUCUUAGCAGUUUUUUCUUUUUCUUUGGGGGGUAAAAAAAAUAAGACGUGAAAGCACUUGAGUCGGUUUAAAGAGCAAAAAAAAAAAAAAAAAAAAAAACGCUUCAAAUCACACACCCGCAAUGUCCACUUUCUGGGCCGUUUCUUUCUUAUCAAUAAUAAUAACGGGGUUUUUAUACAUUGGCAUAAUGUAUAAAGGACACUAAGAAACUAUGCAGUUGAUUUUAGUUUAUUUUUUAAAUCGGUCGAGUUCUGAGCAAAGGGUGUCUGAGCUCCUUCCGGCUGCCGUACGGGUGAAGCGAGGACAAAUCUUUCCCAGAAAAAACAGCUCCAUUUUUUUUUUUUUUUUUGAUUCUUUUGCAGGCCUAGCGAUGUACAGUUACCAUAGAAACAACAUUGCCAUAAUAUGGCAUAUGCAAGGAAAAACUCACCACACUUGUGAUGCAACAGCUCACUCGCUCGCUCGCUCGCUCGCUCUCCAAAUGCUCCGGGAAGAGUCCUAGACGAGGGUUUGAUCGAAGUGUUACUUACUUGACGACGUAAUUAUGGAUUGGGAGAAUCUUUAUCGUUAAUCUCUGCGAACGAGUCAAAUCCGCGUUGUUGGGGGCUCGACGACGGGACGGGGGAGGGGAGUACGGGGCUCUGUUUUGAAAACGCCGCCACUGCCCUCGCACCCCUGCAAUUUAAGUCUUAAGUCGUUUUUUUUUUUUUUUAAUUUGACUGGGUACUUGACACUUUAUAAUUGUAUACAUGUAUAUACACCGUCUUGUGGGGAGGGGGGGGGCGAUCUUGACAUCCCUUUUAACUGUUCUGGCUUCUCCUCGUGGGCUGGAUGUCUUUUUUUUUUUUUUUUUUCUUACAGCGUUGGCAAACAAACCCGUAUGAAUGUUUGUUGAGCAAUAGCAUGGCGUCACCUGAGUGGUUGCGGGGGGGGGGGGGGGCACUCGGCAGUUCCUGCCUGAAAAUGAUGAGCAGUGAAAAUGAAUGUGCUUCACUUUGUGCAGCGUCCUUGUGAGAACGAUAAGAAAAGUUGAGCGCGUCUUUUUCUUUUUGUUUGCACAGCUUCACUAAAGACAUCUUCGGGUAUAUUUAAAGGAAGAUCAUUUUGUUUGAAAUAGCUUUGCUUUUCGGGACCGUGCACCCCUCCCACCCCCGGGCGAUUGGUAGAAAAAGCGGUAAAUACCUGUCCGAGCCAGCGGGCCAAAUUGGGAGUCCAGCUGCAGCUGGUUUUGCGGGAGGGGAGGGGUGGGGAGGACCUCGCCAUGUCUGUUGCAUUCCAAAAAAAUAAUCUCCCCCAGCUCAGCCACGUUUCCAUGCAGGAGGGGAAGGGCGGGGGCUGAAGGGGGGGAUCAGAUCAGGUCUCUCUCUCUCUCUCCCUCCUCCUCUCUCUGGUCCUCUAAUGCCCUUAAGGGAUCUGAUUAUAACAAAGGCCGGUGUUACCGUGGGUGUACGCGUAUGCGUGGCGGCCAGGGUCCCUCUGGCCACAUCAUCGGCGUGUGAGUCAGCCCCGGCCUGUUCGAACACGCACCUUCGGCUGCCGGCCUCGGCACACUCCACCGUCUCUCCUAAAAGUAGCAGCCGCCGAUCGUCUGGAAGUAAACAAGUGCCGCCGGAAUUUGAAAUGCCGCAGAAAACAGGGAUUUGAACUUGAAAAGUAAAGUCAUCACAUUUUCAAUUGUUGUAUUUCAGACGGCGAAUUGUAGCCGGUCGAAUUGUUAACAUUGAAAAGUUACACUGAAAUACGACGAUUGAAAAUGUAAUCACUUUGCAUUUCAAAUUCAAAUCAUGGUGGCACUAAUCUACUUCCAUACGAUCGGAGCCGGGUCGCCAUCGCACUGCAAAGGUGGCGCAAAUUUCCGGAAACACGUAACACGGAUUGGAGUGAAUUCCUCCCUCGGUAUUCUUACGUUGUAACGCAGGGGUGUCAAACUCGUUUUUGUCGCGGGCCACGUUGGUUUCCCCUCGGAGGGCCUUUGUGACUGUGAAACCGUGAAAAUCUUUCGCCUCCACAUGAAAUUUAGGAACUAGUUUUGAGAACUCAAGCGUAAUCUGUCCCAAUCCCAACUAUUGUUCAUGUUUUGGGAACACGAAAAUGCUUGAAUAGCGCAACUUUAUCGUUUACGAUAUGACAAUUUGAAAUGUUGUUACAGGUUUUCCACAAAAUUCCUGGACGUUGAUGUGCAUGACUUGCCUUCGUGGGCCACAUAAAAUCACGCGGUGGGCCGGAUUUGGCCCCCGGGCCUUGAGUUUGACACCUUUGUUGUAAUGCAAUGCGCGGGGGUGGGGGGGAAUCAUCUCUCGGCCAAUCAGCAAACGGCUAUGGCGUAAACUCCGCUCUCUACAUACUUCCUAGUUUGCCUGGUGGUGAAAUGUGGGAGAGUACAGGUCGGAUACUUUUGGGCCUUUGCAUUGGGGGCAAUGACCGACUGAGGCGGGGAGGGGGGCUAAAUUGUACUGCUUGGUGGAAAAGGAGUCACAUCUCUGAAUUGGGGAUGGGCAUUUAAAUUGCUUUAAUUGAACUACAGGGGAAAAUUAACCAAGUCGUUAUUUUGUUAAACCUGAAUUGAAUGUUCCAGGUCGGCGGAGUUCGACUUCCCGUAGCCGCCGUCGCAUUUUUAUUUUAUUUUUUUUCAUCUUUUCGACUACAAACUAGUCGAGCCUGAAUCAGCAGUGCCGCACUGCGCUCCGUCGUCACAGAUUUGUUCACGCCGGUCCCCCGUCCCCGACUUAAAACAUCCCCCAAAACUUUCCCUCCCAGACCACCUCUGCUGUACUCCCUCCCAUGUCCUGAAUUGCACCUUAAUCAGAACGAGACGGGUUCUGAAAGCACUUUGUUACAACGAGGGCACUUUUGUCAACAAAAAACGGGUACUUUUGAGAAAAAGAAAAAGAAAAAAAAAAAAGUUGCAAAUGAGAUCGGCCCUUUCUUCUCUCAAUGGUGGUUAAAAAAAAAAUGCUAUUUUUCCUUUUUGUUUUUU